AUGGAUCGCCCCCCAUUGUCCCCGCCUGCUGAACCGACAUCUUCUUCCUCCUCCCGGCCUGUCCCACUAGACUCUUCAAUCCGCACAGCUCCAAUCCAUCCUGAUCUACCUGACAUCCGUGUCCCUGGAGAACCCCUGCCACCAUAUAAGUACCAUCCAGUCACUUGCGCACCGAUUGAUCUGCAGGAUGUUCAGGCCAAGUUAGAGCAAUUGCGCCGGGAAUUCCCAACCCGCGAAGCAGCGCUCAGGGCGCAAGAGCAGGCAGCCAAAGAAGUCAAGCAGAAAAUGGAAGAUGCCGAAAGAAAGCGUGAAGAUGUGCAAAAAUCCAUAGACAAAAAGAUCAAAGAGAGGAACACGGAGUUGAAAGUUCUGUCGAAGUAUCAAGAAGUCAAAUCAUGA